AUGACGGAAGCUGAAAAAUGGGCGAGGGAGAAUGGCCGUCUUUUGAGCUCGAGCAGCCUGCCUGCUGCAACAGUGCCAUCAUCCGGCACUGUUACAGGUGUGGACGAAGGGACGGUGGCGGCACCGGCGUAUACGCAACUUAAGGCGAAGCGCGUACGCAUCACUCCCGAAGAGGGCGAGGCCCGCCGUGUCGCGAAGGAGCUCGAGAAUCAUCGCAAGGCCAUGGCCAUCGAAAUUGGGCGCGCCUCUAAGCCUGGGCACUGCAUGAAGUAUGUGACAGUGGUGUUGGACUCCCGGCUAAUGGACGACAAGGCCUCGCUCCAGCUGAUGUGCGAGACGCUAGAGCAGGCGAAGAUCCGAGCUGAAAUGCAGACACUACCUGUAGAGCGUGCCGUCUGUUGGAAGCGCACUGCACUGUCUCUAAAUGAGGAUGACUGCGUGCUGUUCAGGGAUCAGGUGGAAGAAAGGGACGUAAUGGUGGUGCUUCCCUGGGACCAAUUUUUGCACCUGGUCGCUUCCCAGAGGCAGGACUCGUCAGUGAGUACACAGACAUCUCUCAGCGAGCACAUGAUGAGCAUCAACGAAGUCUAUCCCAACAGGCAGCUCACCUAUGUCGUCUAUGGGCUGGAGAAAUACUUCAACAGAGAUGUGCUUACGCAGCAGAAGAGUCUAGCCAACGCAGAAUACCGAGCCCUGGUGUUGGGCUCGCAGCCAGCAGUUCGCAGGCGCAAGCCAGGUGUCUACGACGGAGUGCCCCUGUCUCGCAACGACAUCCAGGAGACGCUAGUGCCACUGCAGCUGGACAGUGGCAUCACCGUGGCAACAAAGGAGAGCAUAGAAGAGCUAACCGAAUACCUGGCCAAGUUCACUCGUGCACUGGCCGAGCGACCACAUAGGGAGGCCAAGCAAAGCCGUCCACUGCAACAUCUGGCGCCUGGCUCACUCUCCAAGCACGACAGCCUCAGGCGCACCUGGCAGGCACAGCUGGAGCAGUUUGCCAGCGUCAGUAGAGACGUGGCCAAGGCCAUCGUCUGCGAGUACCCACCGUGA